AUGGACAACAUCGACGAGGAAUACGGCCGGCUCGUUGAACACCUUCACGACUGCGCGAAAAAGGUUGAGAGUUUUAAAACCACCAAGAGACGCCUGUCUCUUCAAACUCUUGAGCUGAUACGCCAGCGUGGAGCAGCACGAGCCGCAGGGAACCAAGAACUCACGUCCGAGCUCGCAAGGCUUUGCAGAGAGGCGAUGAAGGAAGACCUCAAAGAGAGAAGAGCAGAAGUCCUGGCUGAAGCUUCAGAGGCUGGGAAAAGCAUCCGCUAUGGCCGUCGAGACUUCGCCAGUCACAAGACGAUAAUGACUGCUCUCCGGAACCCAAAGGGAACAGCCAUUCCAUCGAGAAGGGGGAUGGAGAAAAUCAUCUACGACUUCUACUCUGAUCUCUUCGACAGCCAUGUCCACUUGCCUCCUCACCAUCUGAAGGAAAACGGACAUGUCAUUCCAGAGGUUCGAAAUACGGCAUGCUAUCAUGUCGGUAAGAAAUCGUACGGCAUCCGGUCCCAACAGAAUAAGAUCAGAACACCUGAAGAACCUUCCGCCAUUACUCAUCAACAUCCUGGCGAGGCUCUUUACACGUUGAUCACCUUGAUCACCUUGACUCCCGUUGAUCUUCGAACUGGUCGAGCGGGCGCCAGUAAUUUUUCCAUUUGUCCCGAUCGCGUGCCAGAGUAG